AUGUUGGAUUCAAAUGUGCUGGUACAGUGGCCCGGAUGGUCCACGGUCUUAUGCGUCAGUUUUCUCUCCAGUUUACUUCUUUUCUUGGCUUCCCUUCGAAAAAGCCAAAAGCGAUCGCCUCCUGUUCCGACCACGCAUCCAUAUGUCGACGAGCCAACCUUCUAUCCACCAGUCGAACCGCUCCCGGACUUCAACUGGGAAGAUACUACCCCGGUCAAGAUAAGGCCUUUCAAGUCCAAAUAUAACCUAACAAUGAGUAUCCAAGAAGCUACUGCCAGUGAGCUCAUUGAAAUGGACAAAAAUUACUUGGAUCGCAUCACAUUGCGCAAGAGGAUUAUGGCAGAGAACCCUGGAUUGACACUAGCUGCGGAGGAAGUUGUCAAGCCCGCAGUAGAUGAGUUCUAUAUCUGGCUUGUCGGCACCUACCUGCCAACGCGAUACCCUCGCAUUCUGGUAACAGGAGAGAAAUAUCCUCUCACUCCAGCCACUCAACCGAUAGAAACCCUUCAGUCUCUGGGUGGUUUAGUCGAAGAUGAUCUUUUAUUCCUGAUGCCGUCGGAGGAUGGUGACAGUGUCAAACUCAAAGGCUUCGUGACUUGUUUUCCAAGUGGCUUCGAGACACCAAAGAAACUAAACUUGAAGCUACGAGACAUCCACGGGCCAGUGCCACACUAUAAAGAAAAAAUUGAGAAGAGUAUGGACCGUUUCUUUGAUAGACUCAAAGUAGGACGAUUUGUCAAGCGCGCCAAUGUGAGUCGAAACGUGGUUGCUGUCCAGUCCCUGAGCACAAGAUUGAUGCUAACUGACUUUACCUCCAAGUGGAGCAUUCAAAACACAGAUCAACUGUGUGUUCCAUCUGGAAACCACCUCUAUGAAGGUGAGAAAAUGCAGAAUGAAAAUUUCAAUAUAGAUAUUAAGCAGGCUCGUUUUCGCGUCGAAAGGCAGUUCUUGCAUCGGCUACCUCAAAGUCGAGCUCUGCUCUUCUCAUUUAAGACUCUCUUAUACCCUUUGACGGAAAUCAAGGAGGAAGGACUUGGAGAAGCCCUUGCGGAGGCCAUCAAUGGGCUAAGAGACGGCAACGCGCCGGGGUUUUAUAAAUACAAGCGCGCAGCAGUAUGGGGCGACUCCGCAAAGGAGUUCCUGUGUUCUUGA